AUGGAAAAAGAAGGGUUUCUGCGUUGCAUAAAUACCAUCCAAAGCGAUCUGGAUGUUAAGAUCCGCGUUAUAUCGACAGACCGCCAUGUUUCCAUUAAAAAAUUGAUGCAAACUGAUCCAAGGUUUAAACACAUCAUCCACCAGUUUGACCCUUGGCACAUUGGUAAAGGAAUUUUGAAAAAAAUGAUAAAGGCAUCCAAAAAGAAAGAUUUUCAGCUUCUUGCACGAUGGGCUCCAGCAGUGGUUAACCACUUAUAUUGGUCCAUCGCUACGUGUAAAGGGGACGGGAAAGAAUUGGCUGAAAGAUUUGUGUCAGUCGUCCAUCAUACUGCAAAUAAACACACAUUUCCACAAAAUUCAAUUUAUAAAGAAUGCGAACACCAGAAGUUAACGGACGAGGAUAAGCGGCAAAAAGAAUGGUUUCAAAUGGGAUCCCCUGCGCACAAUGUAUUGAUCCAUAUUGUUACGCAAAAAACACUCGUCAAAGAUCUAGAGCAAAUGAACGAACAAAUUCACACGACCAUGCUCGAAGUUUUUCAUUCCUUGAAGAUUAGAUAUCUUCCAAAAAGUUCGAUCUUCGGAAUGGAAAAAAUGAUCGCUGGAACACAAUUAGCAAUCCUCGACCAUAAUAAUUGUAGAAGGGAACAGAAAUAUCAGGUGGAUGAUGAAGGUACAGCAACACCGCUGUUUCAAAUUGCGUACUCUAAACCAACCAAACGAUUUGUGGCUAAACCAGUUAAAGAGGAAAAAGAAAUAGGAUAUCUAUUUUACAUAAUUCAAAAAAAAAUUUUGCGUGCAUCAUCUGGAAAGAAGAAAUUAUAUCAAAUUCGAUAA